AUGGAAAUGAAACGAGUCCGUGUGACACACCAUAAGCAGUUUGCUUUCUUGGUUGAUCGGAUGGAAGCACAUCCGUCGGUUGUUAGAGGGCAAAAAUUUUGCGAGGUUUGGAUAGAUCAUAAAAACACAAUUAAACAAAAGUUAUCCUACAACAAUCGCGAGGCUAUAGCUACCGGUGGUGGGCCGAAUACAACGAUAUUAUUAUCACCAAAUGAAGAUGCAGUUGUUAAACUGCUGUUCCUGGACAAGACGGAUUUGGUCUGCCUGUAA